AUGGCGGUUCACCCUAGACCCUCAUCGAUACUUCUAUGGAACGAUGAAGAUGGUUAUAUAGGAAUGAUCAGCACCUACGGAACAGAUGAAAGGAAAUACGACAGUAUAACAACAGGAGGAAAACGACAUGCUAUCACAGUAUAUAAGAAUUUUAUAAUAUCUACAACAGCUGAGAGCAGACAGUUUGAUAUUAUUUACGAACUGGAUCCUAAAGCAACUAUUCACACGAAUUUGCACACAGCAUACGAUGGACCCGUACUAGAUUUCCACGUUUAUGAAUCAACAUUGCAGCCCUCGGACCUCGAGCCGUGUGAAGUAGAUAAUGGUGGAUGUGAGCAUAUAUGUCUCCCUGGCAACGAACUGAAAUGUGCUUGUUUUCUGGGAUAUAUCUUAGAUGAGGACCACACCUCAUGCAAAACAGCUAUUCUCAGUGACAACUUUUUUGUCAUCUUGGAUACAGUUCAGGGUGGUCUGUAUCAGAUUGAUCAAGAAACAAAGACACCGUACACUAUUGAAAUCGACGAUGCUAACGUACCAACGACGCUGACCUUUGACCCUGUGAAGAAAGAUGUUAUAUGGGUGGAUAUAGCUAAACACGCUGUAAAAAAGAAGAGACUCGGAUCAACAGAGGAAAUUGCCGUGCGGUCAGGUGUUGAUGAUACUAGAUCAUAA